GUGUGGAUGCGAUACCCACCCGGAGAGAGAUGGUGUAAACAAACCCGCUUUGCCCAUCACUGAGCUCCACCGCGGAGGUUGCUUGCUACAAUGUUGAGCCGUCUAUUCAGCGAGGUGCUGCCGGACGUCCAGAGGCUCGCGGCAGACUGGGUGAAGGACAAUGAGAGCGAGGACUGCAAGAACAAGGACGGAGAUCACGAGAACUGUCACCUCGACGAGGACGACCUGGACGAGCCGCAGGAAGGCAGCAGUCGAGCAGAGUCUGAAAUGGCAGGCGAUGAUGAUGAAGAUGAUGAGGCCGAGGAAGAGGAUUGCGGGGAUGAGAACAGUGGAGACAAACCCAAGAAGCGCGGCCCGAAGAAACGCAAGAUGACUCCAGCGCGCGCGGAGCGCUCUAAAGUCCGUCGAAUGAAGGCCAACGCGCGGGAGCGCACGCGCAUGCAUGACUUGAAUUCUGCGCUGGACAAUCUGCGCAAAGUGGUGCCGUGCUACUCCAAAACCCAGAAACUGUCCAAGAUAGAGACUCUGAGACUGGCCAAGAACUACAUAUUAGCGCUUGGAGAGAUUUUACGCAACGGGAAACGUCCAGAUGUGGUGGCCUACGUGCAGAUGUUGUGUAAAGGCCUGUCCCAGCCCACUACUAACCUGGUGGCAGGCUGCCUGCAGCUCAACACCAGGAACUUCCUGACUGAACCAUGUUCAGACGGAUCUCGGUUCCACAUGCCCAGUUCUCCUUUCUCCGUCCACCCUUACUCCUACCGGUGUUCUCGCAUCGCCAGUCCUCAUUACCAGCCCGGCACCGGUGGGAUCAAUUUGCGGGGCCACUCAUACGGCUCUGGGUACGAGGGCGUGUACCCGCCGGGCGGGACGUCCCCUGACUACAACAGCCCGGACUACGAGGGCCAGCAGAGCCCGCCCGUUUGCCUGAACGGCGGGCUGUCCGGGAGGCAGCAAGAGUCCUCUGAGACAGACAGGAACUAUCAUUACUCUAUGCAUUACUCCGGACUGACCACGUCUCGACCCAGCCACAGCCUACCCUUUGGCCCCUCGGGUGCGCGCAGCGGUGGUGCGCACUCGGAAAACAUUCCACCCUUCCACGACGUGCACUUGCACCAUGACAGGGCGCCCCCGUAUGAGGACCUCAAUGCUUUUUUCCACAACUGAGCCCCUGCAUCGGUCCAAUCAGGCUUAUUGACCUUAUAAUGACAAUCCUAUAACGUGUAAUAUUGUUUUGGUAAGCAAGAGGGGCUUCAGAAAGGAUGGGAGAUAAAAGUGACAGGAAGAGUCCACUGAUAACCUUCUGUAUUCUUACUGAUGUCAUCCCUACUGUUGUACAUUCAAUCACAGUGUGUCCAGUAUUAUCCUGUAUGCAGAAUGAGAGCAAAUGACAUAAACGAUGUAUAGGCCUACAAGAAACAUGUUAUGACACGAGCAACAGAAAUAAAAAAAAAUGUUUUAUAAUUGUCUGAUAUGAUCGAACAAAUCUUCUGAAUACCAGGGGAGC